AUGGCGGACAGAGACAGCGGCAGCGAGCAGGGCGGCGGCGGCGGGGGCGCGGCGGGCGCCGGGGGGCCGGGCGCGGGCGGCGGCGGCCCGGGCGGCGGCGGCGGCGGCGGCGGGGGCCCGGGCGGCGGGCUGCAGCACGAGACGCAGGAGCUGGCCUCCAAGCGGGUGGACAUCCAGAACAAGCGCUUCUACCUGGACGUGAAGCAGAACGCCAAGGGCCGCUUCCUCAAGAUCGCCGAGGUGGGCGCGGGCGGCAACAAGAGCCGCCUGACCCUCUCCAUGUCGGUGGCCGUCGAGUUCCGCGACUACCUGGGCGACUUCAUCGAGCACUACGCGCAGCUGGGGCCCAGCCAGCCCCCCGAGCUGGCGCAGGCGGCCGACGAGCCCCGGCGGGCGCUGAAGAGCGAGUUCCUGGUGCGGGAGAACCGCAAGUACUACAUGGAUCUGAAGGAGAACCAGCGCGGGCGCUUCCUGCGCGUCCGCCAGACCGUGAACCGCGGCCCGGGGCUGGGCUCCACGCAGGGCCAGACCAUCGCGCUGCCCGCACAGGGCCUCAUCGAGUUCCGCGACGCCCUGGCCAAGCUCAUCGACGACUACGGCGUGGAGGAGGAGCCGGCCGAGCUGCCCGAGGGCACCUCCUUGACUGUGGACAACAAGCGUUUCUUCUUCGACGUGGGUUCCAACAAGUACGGCGUGUUCAUGCGGGUGAGCGAGGUGAAGCCCACCUACCGCAACUCCAUCACCGUCCCCUACAAGGUCUGGGCCAAGUUCGGCCACACCUUCUGCAAGUACUCGGACGAGAUGAAGAAGAUCCAGGAGAAGCAGCGGGACAAGCGCGCCGCCGCCGCCGCCGCCCCCGCCGUGGGCGCCGAGCCGCCCCCCGAGGCCGAGGCGGCCGCCGCCGGGCCGCCCGGCGCGCUGCUGCAGGCCGAGGAGCCCGAGGAGGACUGACCGCCCGCCCCCCGGGACGCGGACUGGCCCCGCCGCCGGCGGGAGGGCGGGCGGGCGGCGGGGCGCGGGGGCGGCGGCCCGGAGCCCCCCCUCCGCCCGGAGCCCCCCCGGCCGCGCCGCCCGCCCGGCGCCCCCCCCGCCGCCCGGCAGCAGCAGCGCCUCAGACCCGCCACCCAUCGCUGGAUGUUCCUCCACUUUACCCACCGUAUCAAACAUACUUAACCUGACGUGCAGCGGUUUCCAGUCCACCUGUUUUUGGACAGCAGGUAGCGAGUCUUUCCGUGUGGCCACUGGCACUAGCACUAUCUCCUGAACUCGUGUGAGGUCCGGACCGAUGCUUUGAUCCCUGUUCACUUCCGUAGGCCUGUUAGGAAGCAGUGCAGCGAGGGCAGCGUGAUCCCACUGAGCCAUGGGGGUCGGAGUUUGGUUGGACAGUGAAAGCCAAGCCGGUGUGUGUCCGUCAUGGAUUUCCAUGUAGCUGUGGUGCUAGUUAUUAUUACUGGCUACAUACCUGGCCAGCCUGGCCAUGCCCUGCCCUCCCCGUCCCAGCUCCCGCCGGGCGCGGGCUCUGCUCGAAGCCUAGGCUAGGGAAACACAGAUUUGUCAGAACACUAAUCUGUCCAGGUGUGUUCUCCAAAUUGAAAUCGUUUGUAAUAAUAAGAAGAAUAAUAAUAGACUUUUACAGGUUGUCUUCGUUGUUUUUCAGUUAUGUUUUUUUUUUUCUUCAAAAAAAAAAGUUGGUGUGCUUUUAAUUGACUAACUUCUUGCUGCUGUAUAGUAAAAUAUUAAUAUAUUUUUAUCAUUAAACUGCUGCAUGACUAUCAUCAUUGCGAGUGAAGAGAAAAUGUUAUAAAAAAAAGAUGCCUUAAACAGUGAAAACAAAACUUUAUUUUUUGUUUUUUCUUUUCUUUUCUUUUCUUGGCUGGAAUUCAGUAGAGAGCAUUUCAGAGAAACUAGAAUCUUGUUCCACUCAGAAGUUUUUUGGGAAUGCAAUCAUUUUGCUGAAUGGUCUUGGCUGAGUUAGGGGUCAGGUAGACCUGAGCUGCUCCUGUGCGAGCAGGAGCUGCCAGCGCUUCUUUACCGAGGGGCAAGGAUGGAGUUUCUGAAGGGUGGGGAGAAAACAAAAAAAAAGCUUGUUUUAAAGAAUUUGAUUUCCUGCUGUCAUUUUAUUCCCAGUUGAAAUUAUAAUUCCCUUUUUCUUCUUGGGGUUUUUAUUUUGUUGGUUUGUUUUUUUGGGUUUUUUUUGAGAUGUACUGUAAGUGUCAAAACAAGCUGUUUCCAUUGUACCAUGCAUUAUUGCCCUUGAAAGAAGUUUGCUGUUAGUGUUCACAGAAAGUUAAACACGAGCCGCUGGUAGCGAGGUGUUUCUGUUUCUUUUUAAACAAUCACUGGAAAUGUUUAAAAUUGCUUUAAUGUGCACUUUUCCUAUUUCCCAGUAGUGAAAUAAGCUUUUCAGAGUGCGUAAUGUGACAUUUGAAAUGGUUCUCAAUUGCAUGUAAACAUGUGUCUGAUAACCUGCUUCUGAAUCGGAGGCUCUGGAUGGGCAGUUCCAGCGAUUAUUGUACUUCAACUGUGAUGUGUCGGGACUGCACUCUCCAUGCUGCUAGACGUAGUUAGGAAUUUAAUUGCUUUGGUUGUUUUUUUUGCUACUUGAUUGAUUGUCUCGGUCCUGCUGUUCGCUGCCCUCCCCAAAGUUGUCGCGCUGCCGACGGACGCGCUCCGGCGCCCGUAGUUCCAACGCCGCCGCGGUGCGUUCCCUGCAAUAAGUAGCGGGAGGCGAGGAGAGCACGGCAGAGUGUCCUUCCGUCCCUGCCGGCUCCUGGGAGCAUCGCUAACGAGGCAGGCUCCUCCCGUGGUCUUCCUCGCCCGCGCCGCCCGGAUCCUGCCCAGGAUCCGGCUGACCGGAGGAGCGCACGGGCCGCGCGGGUCCAGUCAAACCAGUACAGCCUGGAACGGCCCGCGGGCAGUUCUGUGAACAGUGGCCGAGAACUUGUGGUCAGUUUUUGUCUCGUUUUGGGUUUCUUCUGCGUGUUUCUUUGGUUUUUUUGUUUCGUUUUGGUUUUUUCUUCUUUUAACGCACGUUCUGUAUGUUCAAGGACUUGAUGAAUGAUGAUAACGAAAGACUAAAAUGACUGUAAAGAUUUGUGGGAUUUUGCUCCUCGUUGUUUUAGUUUUCAUUGGAUUUAUUUUUUCGCUUUUUUUGUUUUAAUUUUUGUUUUCCCGGAGGUGCUCGGUACUUUACCAAGGCUCUAAUAUCUCAGUAUUUAAAACAAAGUACAGAAAACCCUGUUUAAUGUUAGAAGAAGAAAGGUAUAUUUGACCAUAUGUGUUGUUUUAAAAAAAGACAGUAUGCUCAAAUGUGCCAAGAUACCUAAUUCCUGAGAAGUAUGCCUUAUAUUUUCCUUGAUGAUAUGCUUUUAAAUGUCUUGUAGAAUAGGUCCAAGAGCAUGAUAAAAGCUACUUUAUAAUGACUACGUGCAAGAAAACUUGAAAUUCAUUGCAAUACUGACAUUAUUUUAUUUUUAAGUUAAAGGGACACUGUCAAGUAAUUUACCAUUGAAAUACAACCACCUUUUAAGUGGUUUUAUGCUAACGGGGAAAUGUCCUCCGAAUUCAAAUUCUAUUUUUUUUGUUAAAAUGAAAACAAAACAAAAAAAAAAUGAAAUUGCUCUGUCUUUGAGAAUUUAAAUAAAAAAGAAAAAAAAGAAACAGCACGAGCCGCUGUUGAUUCCUGCCUCUUCUUUGCGGUCCCGCUUACGAUGCUGCGGCGGGAGGCAGCCAGCAGCUUCCCGGGAGCCGGGGGGCCCGGCCGGACCCUCCGGGGUUCCCCCCGAGCCCCGGUACCGGGAGCCCCCGGGAUGGGCCGGGCGGGAUCGGCGGGCGAGCAGGAGCCGCGGGUGCCGGGAGCGCUCCGAGCUCCCAGCCGGGCGCGCCCGUAGGCGGAGGGCUUUUCGUUUUUUGGAAAUUCAAUUGGGAAAAACAAAAAAAAAACCAAAAAAAGGAAAUAAAUACUUGACAGUGUCACUUUGUGCGUAUCCCUCGCAGGGGUUGAAAUGCGCUGGGCGCAGCGCUGCCGGGAGAGCGGCUCCCGACCUGUCCCGGGACUGGGGGAAGCACAGAGGGGGCAGCGGGCGGGCGCAGAGCCCACCCCGUGAGCCAGGCAGAGCUGCUGCCGGGGAUUUAACCCCUGCUCAGAGCCGACCGGUAACUUCUUUUUUUUCGUUUAGUUUUGGGUUUGGGUUGUUUUUUUUUUUUUGGGAGCAAUUACUUUGUUGCCUUUAAAAAUAGCACUGUAACCACCUUUUUUUAUGAUUAGCUGUAGUGUAACCUUUGUCCCUUCAAACUAUGCAAGCUAUGAAAUGUAAAUUAGGGAUCAGUUAAAGAUAGUUGAUUAUAUUCAAUCAGAUGACAUUCAUGCACUAACUGGAGUAUAUACAGAUAAAGCUAUUAGAGUGACUUGUAUGCUAACAGCAAGAUAUAACAUACCUACCUAUUCUAAAAAAAUGACUAUUAAUAUUGUAUAACAGGACUGUGGGGGUUGGGAGGGAAUGUUAUCUCUUAUCUUCUUAAAAGGGGAUUUAAGAUUUUUAUAACUGUUUUUUCCAUCAAACUUUAAUAUUUUUGUCAAAUUUUUAGGUAUUUAAUUUGUAAAAUAGAUUUUACUUUGUACUGGCGUACAGAAAAUAGGGGUUGAUUUAAACUUUUUUGAAGCCAAGUGAUCAAGUACAUUUGUAAUAAAAAGUCAAUGGAUCUA